AUGAUAACUUUUGAAAAUAAAUUAAAAGAUGCAGAAUUGAAGUUCGUUGUUGCUGGAUCACAUAGUUUAAAUUCACUUGAAAAUAAUGGUAUUCUAGAACUGUUACAAGUGGAUAUCAAGAUUGGAAGUCAUUAUGGAAUGUUAGAUAUACAUGAUAUUUUUUAUGGUCGUAAAACAAUUCGUGAAUAUUUAUUAACAAAAUUUGAUGCAUAUCUUAAGACAAUAAGAAAUAUUCUCGGUGAACCAAUAAAAGAACAUUGUUUAGCAGCAACAUAUGAUUUAUGGACUGAUGAUUUUGCUAAAAGAACUUAUUUAGAUUUCACUGUAUUUUGGACAACCAAAGAAUAUGAAUUAAAACAUUCAUUACUAUGA